UAGCACAUACCGCCAUAAAACUCCAAACGAAGAAGAAGAAGAAGAAGAAGAAGAAGAAGAAGACCCUUGAUAGUAAACAUACUUUGGCGUAGACGACGUCGUGAUAGCUUCAGUACACGCGCGCGGAGGGAGCCGAGGGAGGAGUCACUGUCUGAGACUCACAGAGAAGCGGCGUCCUCUAAACUUUCCCCAGACGGAUAAUUCAUGACAUAAAUCAGUGUAGUCGUGAAGGGAUUCCUGGAGUCACGUCAUGUUCAAGGCCAUGCUGAAGAAGAGCAGAGAUGGCGGGAAAAAUAAGAAGGAUACAGGAGAGCCGUACCUGUUCCGUGCCCAGCGCAGGUGUCCCGGCGGUGGGAUGCAGGAUCCCGCGGGUGUCCGUCCGUUCCGGCCCGCAGACGACGGCCUCAGACUCGGCCUGGCUAAAGGGGUGUCCAUGUCCCUCCCGUCAUCCCCUCUCCUGCCCCGACAGACGUACAUGAUGGCAGCUCACCCGACCAAGAAGUCUCCAGGACCUGUUAGAAAGCCCAAGUAUGUGGAGAGUCCCCGUGUUCCUGGAGAUGCGAUCACGUCGUCGCUGAGGAAGGUUCCUGACGGUACAACUGAGCUGGCCGGUCCAGGCCCCUCCCCCGCCACUCAGGAGUUGAUGACACGCUUGGGGUUCUUGCUGGGCGAAGGCAUCCCGGGCUCCUCGCGCAUACCUAUGGACGACAAGAAUGAAAAAAAGUGUCCAGUGAAUCAGGGAAUCAGUCCGUGUUCCACUCUGACCAGCAGCACGGCGUCUCCGUGUACAGACAGCCCCUGCUCCACCUUAAACAGUAACAGCGGCCAGCCGGCCUGUGGAGCCAUCACCAGCCCCAGCUCCACCCUCGAGAGCAAAGACAGCGGCAUCAUCGCCACCAUCACCAGCUCUUCAGAGAAUGACGACCGCAGCGGCUCCAGUCUGGAGUGGGGUAAAGAGGGCAGCAUAAGGAGCUGCGCUCAGCAUGUGCGGCCAGACACGUGCUCUCCGGUGGCCGAGGAGGAAGCGUCAACAUCUGGGACUGGUGUACGGAGCAUCUCCACGGCUAAGAAGACUUCAGGAGCCGUAGGGUCCGAGGGCCCCGUCCAGUAUCCUACGCAGAACACGUCUAGUCUGAUGAUGCCUCGGCCGAACUCAGUUGCAGGUAAGAGAAAUCCGUGAGAGCAGCAGAGCACAAAGCAUCAGGGUCGUCCUGUGAUUCCUGAGGCGAUGACUGACGCGUGACUGCUGGAAUGAAGCCGAGCAGAGACUCAUGGGAAGACAUUGCCACCAGUUUAAGAGUGUGUGUGUUGUAGAUUGUGAGAGAGCUCAUUAUCAGGAGGCACAUUCUUUCUCCUGUUGCUCCUUGAGGAAGCAGAUACGUCGGGCAGCUGUUGCGUGUGCGUGUGUGUGUGUGUGUUGUUGGCCGGCUUCUGUCUUUAGCAUCAGUUCCACAUUCCUCAGGCUGGUCCGACUGAUCACGUGAUCUUUCCCGCUUCUCUGUCAGUUGGGUGAAUCUCACAAAAACACGUUGUAUUUCACACUGAACUCAAGAGAAAGAAAUAAGACAUUUU